GCCGAGAUCAACUGGGGAUUCAGCAAUAACAGAAAAAUAAUAAUACCAAGACUGCAGCCAGGGAAGGGAGGGUGUCCGGACGCAAGAGCAGCCGCAUGCAGCUUGCUAUGGUGUAUAUCUUCUGAGAAGAUCCGAAACAGCAUUCAAAUCAUCCCCACCGCCUCCCUCUCUUCCCCUGCAUCCUUUUUGUGGGGGGGUCUUUUUUUAAAGAAAAAAAUCAUUUCUAUUAUCGAUCUUGGUUGAUUUCAAUUAAAACUACCUCACAGACUCUGCCUAAAGCUGGUGCUUUUUUAAAAAAAAAUCUUGUGGGUUUUCUUUGUGACGUUGUUUACAAAAUAUUUGAUGACAUUAAAGGCAAGGCCUUUGCACUGAAGCCAAGUGAAGAACCUUAUGAUUGCACUAUAUGUAACUCAACUCAGAUAAGAUUCGCUAGGAAACAAGCGGUUGCUGCCUUUUAGAAGGAUUCAUCCAUCAAGUUGUGUCUCAGUCUUUGCUUCCCGUCCGCAGCUUCCAGCACCACACACUGAAGAGGGCACCUAGAAAUUCAUUUCUAUCUUUCUUCCUCACAAAGCCCAUCUUGGAAACCAUCCUCUAGCCAUGUUCCAGCGCUUCACCAGCCUCUUCUUCAGUGACACCAGCGCACCUGAGGGCCUUGAAGAACCCAAGCCCUUUGUCUCUGAAGAGGAAGAAGAUGAUGGGUGGCUUAUUAUUGACCUGCCAGAUAGUUAUGCUUCAGCCUCUAGCAAAGAGCGGUGGGUAGGUGAGAAGGAUUCUGUUUGCACCUCUCGUUGCCGCCAUGGGUCCCCUCCACCUACCACGUCUUCGCCCCACUCCCUCAGUGGCUGUGUCAGCAGGUCCAUGCCCUCUCAGCCUGACCCCUGCUUGAUGGACGAGAGUUGGUUUGUUACCCCUCCCCCCUGUUUUACUGCAGAAGGUCCUGAUCCUGUCAACAUGGAGAGCAACCCAAUGGAGGACCUCCUGAUUGAACAUCCCAGUAUGUCAGUGUACGUCACCAGCAGCAGCAUCAUUGUGGAGAGUGAGAGUCCUGAGGAGCACAUCCAUGAGGCUGAGAUACCUGAACGCCAUUUGCAACGCCAUGCUCCCCACCACUCCACCUCUCUUGCCAACAAGGCCGCCAUCUUGGAGAAAGUCAACCAAGUGCGUCGGAUUCAGCGGGCAAAGCAGCUGGUGGAGAAGCACAAGCUCAGUAAGAAAGUGAUGCAGCGGCAGAACCGCACCAGAGAGUGCCGCCCACCUCGGGCCAAACACCAAGGCAGCUUUGUCUACCAGCCAUGCCAGCGCCAGUACAACUACUAAGCUACUUCAGGAAGUCUACACCGUGGGGCAUUAUCCUUUUAACUCUCAGCUUUGCCAGUUUUUCACAACGCUUUCUUCAGCCAAGAGGGUCGUCUUCGUCCAUUUUCUGAAAUAAACCCGUCCCCCUGUGAAAGAACCUCCUAAAUUCUCCUGAACUGGCACCAUUCAAUGAUCAUUCUAACCUGGGCUUUUCUUGGGCGUUAUCCUCCUUUUCAGUGAGAAAUACAGUUUCUGAUCUAUAACAUCCUUCCCUUUUGCAGUUUUAUUCUCCCUCACUCUCCUCCAUACUUUCAUGAAUGUGGAUUUGGAUCUGGAUCUCAGAGUGCAAGAAACCAGCAUGUCCCACAAAGUAACAAGGCUUCAGAUCUAUUUUGAAACCAUAAGCUAUGGUUUUUUUUAAAAAAAAAAGUGUUGAAAAGAUGUAUAUGUAUGUCGAUUACCAAAAGGGAAAACUUCUCUUUGGGUGGGUAUUUUCCUUGGUUCCUAGGUAGCAUGAUUUCAUACACUGGCUCUUGUAGUGGUUACCAGUGUUAGACUAAUUUGGUGCUUCCAGUGAAUAUAUCACAUUUCAUUUACUAAACAAAGAAACAAUAAUUUAUAGGAGGGCCACUUUGCCCCAUCAUUUUUUUCCCCUUGUUGCACCAGGGAGCCUGUGACAUCAGUGCCUUUCUUUAUGACAUCACACUCUUCACAGUGGAAACAGACUGUGAUGUCACAAAUGGAGAUACCAGGUUCUUGUGCAAACUGGAACACAAAACAACUAGACCAGUAGGUCCCAAUUUAAUAAGGAACAAAAAUGUAUCUUGUGACGGAAUUCCACCCCAUACCAAUAUGAAUUGUACAAUAUGAAUGGUGUAUUUGUUUCGCUCAAUAAGUUGAUAUGGUUGCUAGGCAUGAAACAUUUUGGCACAUCCUUAAUUUUAUAGGGGUGCAAGACAGCUCCAUUGAAAACCAUGGAAGUUUUGCCAUGGACUUCAAUGGAAGCUGGAUUAUACCUGAGUUUUCUGCUCCAAAGUGUCAUGUGAUGUACAAGAGAACCUUUGAAAGCCCAUUUUCAGUAGCAGCUAUUACCAGUAGUAGUUUAAUGGAUUCUUUAGGGGGUUCACAAUUAUGGAAAGGUUAUGCUUGUUUUAGUACUGUCUUUAAUCACGUGUGACCUUUCCAAAAUGCAUGCAAUGGGCUCUUCAAUCUGAUUAAUUGCAGGGUCAUUAUUGGUUUUCUUGCAGGAUCUUUCGAUGGAUCUACCGUCUUGCAGAAAUCAUAACAGCCAAGUUUUUUAUCCCAUGUUUGCAGAAUGAACACAAUUGGGAUAGCUGAUACAUUUAGAAGGAUUUGGGGGAAAUCCCGGUGAAAUUAUCAUGGAUACUUUUAAAUGGAAAAGCAAAAGAAGUAAAGAAGAAAAAACAACAAAGUUAAAAUCAGAAAUUCCCAUUUUUUCAAAUAUUUCCCAUAAGGUUAUUUAGGGAAACUUCCUCUAAUGAAAAGAUUUUCUCAUACUGAAAGAAGUACAUGACUACAAGUAAACUGCAAAGAAAUUUCAAAAUAGAAGUUUAAAAAAACCAAGUCCCUUAUUUUGAAAAUGGAGAGGGUUUGCUUUGGAGGAUCACCACUCAGCUGUCUAGAGUUAGGAUCUUGCCAAGCCAACUGCAGUAGUUUUUAAAGGAAACCAUUAAACAUGUGAUUCAGUUUCUCCCAUUGAUUUCAAUAGGGAUUUUAAUUUUGGCUGGAUCAUGUCCUAAUACUAAAACCAGUGAUAAAACAUCAUGUAUAAUUCUUUAUAUCUCACCAUGAAUGGAACUCUUCAUGUUAACUUACUUUGGUGUUUGCACUAAUGUCAAUGACCUCAGCAGAGAAAAGAACUUACACAUAUUUACAGAGAUGGUAAAGUAUGUUGGAGAUAGUAGUGAUGGAUGUUAAAGUCAAAGAUGGCGAGGGAGGCUGGGAUGUUUAAGAAAAGGAUAGAAGGCAGAUAGUAGAGCUGAAGGAGGGAAAAAGAAAUCUGAAGCUGUUGUUCAGGUGUAGGGAAAUGAUGUGGAGGUCUAGACGUUAGAGGAUGGUGGGAACAGAAUGUGUGCCUGCAUUUUGAAGAGAAUCUUCAAGACUCUAGAAGUCUGAGGGUAAAUGUGGAACAGAGAAGUUCGUUCUGUAGCCCAGAAGGUGUCUCACCAUUUCAGAAGUCAUCAGGUUUCAUAGAAAUUCUACUGAGCAGUUACCCAAAUACAAUACCAUGUGAAACACCUGUAUGAAAAUGAGAAUGGUAGAACAAAUUGUUUCCCAUGUAUAUUCUUUAUUCAUUGUGCUUGCCUUCUCUAGUCAAGGUAACCAGAAUGUUCAUAUUCAAUAACUAUUGAUUCUGGAGCAACUGUCCAAUAUGGAUGAGAUCUGAGUUUCUACUAUUUUCUGUAGUACUUUAUUCCCUUCCAGUCUUCUCUAUGAAACUCAUAACUACCCAUUGAUUUAUAUCAGGGAUUGUAAUUUUUUUUAAUGAUAACGUUAAAAUGAAUUUAUUUUUUGGACUAAGCCUGUAAAUUCCUUCUUGAAGCUCAGUUAGGGAGUGGUAAAAAGAAAAGGGUUUUUUUUAACAUGGAAGAAGUACCUUUGGCUUGGCCAUAUGUAUUUACCAAGCCCCAAAAGGCAAGUUGGCAUGUAAAAGAAUAUUACCUGCUACAGUACAGGAGGAGUAGCAUCUCCCCCCCCCCCCAAUACAGGAGCAAACAGGACUUCAAUAAAUAUUUCUCUAUUAUAAUUUAUUGUCUAUUAUGAUCUUCUGCAUUUAACUUCCUAGCUUUCUUAAUUUAGUUUGGUUUUGCAAAAUAAAAUACAUAAUGGAA